GCACGGAGGAAGAAGACGCUGCCGUCCUUGAAUGUGAAGGAAGAUGACAAUGCUGCCAUUUGCGAUGCCAUUACGCCAUGGGGUGUGGAGGGUUUCCCAGAGUGUCGCCCAGGUGGUGGAUGAAGCGACGGACACGGGGACGUGGGAGGAUCUGCGGCAUUGCGACGACGCGACGGCGGACUACUUCAAGGACAAGCUGCGCAUGUCGCCACGUGCGUUCCGAGAGGUAGCGGAAACUUUGUCUCCCUUUCUUGAACGGAGUGUGACUUUCUAUAUGAAGCCCCUCCAGCCUGAUCACAUUGUCGCCUAUGCUUUGUACAGAUGGGGGUCGGGGGAGACUUACGAGAGCGAGACAUGCAGCUUCGGCAUUGGCAGAUCUUUUGGGUUGGUGGCUGUGCGGGAUGUAACUGCGGCGUUGCUGACUGCCUACCCCGACAAGAUGUCGUGGCCAACGGGACUGCAGAAGGCCGUCGUCUUGCGCGCUUCCGCUGACAAGGGUUCCCCUAACUGCCAUGGGUGCAUCGACUGCACCCAUAUCUUCAUCGACAAGCCAACGAAUUGCCCCGGGGAGGAAUACUACGACAGAAACCGCUGUUUCUCCGUCCAGGCGCAGGUGGUUGUCGAUCUGAGCUUGCGCGUGCUGGAUGUGUUUGUCGAAUAUCCGGGAAGUCGCCACGACGUGAGGAUCGUCCACCUAUCAAGUUUAUGGGCGCUCGCGGAGGCAGGGGAGCUUUUCACUAAACCCCAUGUCAUUCUGCCUUUCGGUGUGCGGACGAACGGGUAUGUGCUGGGCGACAACGAUUAUCCCCCCUCCGAAUGGGUGGUCGUCCCCUACGGCGGUCUCACACAACACCCGUCGGAGCUGCGCUUCGACAACAAGCAGAAGACGACGAAGGGAGCAGUCGAGAGGGCUUUCGGCAGAUUGAAAGGGAUGUGGAGGUUGUUCCUUCGCUCCCACAAGACGAACAUGGACGGCGAAACGUAGCCUGCCUCCUCCUCCUCACCUUCACCUUUCCGCCCCUCCCUCCCAUCGCGACAGCCUGAUUGGA